AUGGAAGAAGACCCUAGUGACUUGAAUCUCUCAAAUCCAAAACUGGUCUUAACCUCUGAGGAUGAUCAAGAAAAGCAGCCGAACGGAUCCCUGCUAACACACAAGCCAAAAUCUAACACACACUUAGACGAGAGAAAUGAUGUCGGAAGGUCUGUGAGCUCCGCCCAAAUCAACGAAAGGAUUCGUAAAGUAUCAACCUCCAAGGGCCUACAGCAUAUAUCCAGCAAGGCUUCCAAUCUUCCAAGCAAUCCAUCCUUUCUAGAAUCCGUGCCAGAGGGAAGGGCCAGUCGCGUCAAUUCUCAAGAGGGUUUCGGCAAGAAGUUGUUGCCGAAAACGCCCAAACGUAGCCCUUCCACCUCAAGUUUCCAGUAUAUGUCUACGCCAUUCCAUGGUUCCACUUUAUCCGCGUUUGAGAAACCAAGCGAAUUCGCCUCGCAGUUUAGCCUAAAAUCCGUCACAGAUAGCUUAGCCCCCAUAACCUACUGUUGCGGCUGUAGAAAACGUAAAGACGACGGAACGAAGAAGGAGCCAAACAAAUAUUUCGAUUUAAAUUUAUUAAAAGAUCCAAUUUAUUUAGUGAUAUUAAUAUCGAACUGUACUAACGCAAUAUCAUACACAAAUUUCCUCAUUUUAGUUCCGGCUUACGCGCAAGAAUGCGGUUUUGACAAGUCUUUAGGCGCGUAUUUGUUGUCUAUAAUAUCGCUGCUCGAUUUGGUUGGCAGAAUUGGAGGAUCUGCGCUGUCAGAUGUGGUGACAACACCGAAGUGUUACUUUUUUAUCACCGGUCUAUUACUCUCUGGCAUAAGUUUGUCUAUGAUCCCGUUAGUUUCUAGUUACACGGCGAUCAGCGCGUUCUGUUCUGUUUUUGGGCUUGCAUCGGGGAUAAAUACUGGUAUCACCGCUCUAGUUAUGACGGAGAUGUUGGGUACAGAAAGAUUGAUGUCUUCUUAUGGUAUAAGUUUGUUUGUAAAUGGUAUAUUGCAGCUGAUCGGUCCGCCCGUUUGUGGAAUAUGGUUUGAACGUACAAAAUCUUACAAGUCGUUAUUUGUUACUCUCGGGUUUAUAUUAAGUUUCGGCGCGUCUCUGUGGAUCUUUGUACCGUUCAUUCAAAGGCGUAGGAAGAGGUUGGAAAAUGCUGAAAAGGCGUAA